CCUCCCGCUGCCGCGGAACCGUGCGCUGCGACCUGGCUGAGGCUUGCUUGCUGAAGGAAAAAUGAUGCAAAAUGUGCAUCCGGCUCCUGAGAAUAAUGAAGAUGAUCUCUAUUCUGGCUACAAUGAUUAUAAUCCCAUGUUUGACACAGAGGAUUUAGAAAAUGAUGUAGCUUUUCAACAGGCUGCAAGAACAAGUCAUGGAAGAAGACCCCCUGUGACAGCCAAAAUUCCUGCUACAUCAAGUCCAAGACCUCUGGCUACUGGAUUUGGGGCAGGUUUUUCUGUUUCAAAGGCAACUUUAACUUCAUCUAUGGGAAGACCCAUGACAGGAACUAUACAGGAUGGGAUUUCUCGACCAAUGACAGCAGUGCAAGCUGCAGGUUACACUAAAGCAGCUGUGAGAGGUUCUUCAUUUGAUCCUCUUGGCCAAGCAAGAGGUCCUGCUUCACCUUUGGAAAAGAAAACUUCAGACAGUUUGGAGGAGAAGAUGAGGCAGUUGGAAAAAAAAGUUAAUGAACUGGUUGAAGAAAGCUGUGUUGCCAAUAGCUGUGGAGACUUGAAAUUGGCUCUGGAGAAAGCAAAAGAAGCUGGAAGGCAGGAAAGAGAAUUGCUGAGACAACGUGAACAAAUCGCUCCUCCAAAAAGUAUCAACUUAGACCUCACUUACACAGUUCUGCUCAAUCUGGCCAGUCAGUAUGUUGCUAAUGAAAUGUAUGCUGAAGCUCUGACUACUUACCAAGUUAUAGUGAAGAAUAAGAUGUUCAGCAAUGGAGGUAUACUGAAGGUAAAUAUGGGAAAUAUUUACUUAAAACAACGGAAUUAUUCCAAAGCUAUCAAAUUCUACCGUAUGGCUCUAGACCAGAUUACUAGUUCCCACAAACAGAUGAGGAUAAAAAUAAUGGAAAAUAUUGGAGUUGCAUUUAUUAAAACUGGCCAAUACGUUGAUGCCAUUUCUUCAUUUGAAGAAAUAAUGAACAUAUCCCCAAACCUGAAGGCAGGCUUCAACCUGAUCCUAUGUUACUUUGCUAUUGGAAAUGGUGAGCAAAUGAAGAAAGCCUUCAAAAACCUCAUCGAAGUUCCCUUGGAAGUGGAUUAUGAAGACAAAUACAUUUCUUUAAAUGAUGAUCUACAUACAAAUCUACUGAUUGAAGCCAUUAAAAAUGACAGUUUGAGUCAAAUAGAACGUGAGAGGAAAUCCUUGGCAGAGGAAUACAUCAUGACAGCUGCUAAACUCAUUGCACCAGCAAUUGAGACAUCUUUUGCAGUAGGCUAUGACUGGUGUGUUGAUGCAGUGAAAGCUUCCCACUAUGUAGAAUUAGCCAAUGAUCUGGAAAUAAAUAAAGCCACUACUUACUUGAGGCAACAGAAUUUUAACCAGGCACUGGAGACUUUGAAAAUGUUUGAAAAAAAAGAUAGCCGAGUAAAGAGUGCAGCUGCAACAAACCUUUCAUUCCUUUAUUAUUUGGGGAAUGAAUUGGAACAAGCAACUAACUAUGCAGAUUUAGCAGUAAAUUCUGAUAGGUACAAUCCAUCAGCUCUAACUAACAAAGGAAAUACUGUUUUUGCAAAUGGAGACUGUGAAAAAGCAGCUGAAUUUUAUAAGGAAGCUCUCAGGAAUGAUUCCUUAUGCACUGAAGCACUUUACAAUCUUGGUUUAGCUUACAAGAAGUUAAACAGGAUAGAUGAAGCUUUGGAUUGUUUUCUGAAACUCCAUGCAAUCCUUCCCAAUAGUGCCCAAGUCCUUUACCAGCUAGCAAACAUAUACCAGAUCAUGGAAGAUCCCAAUCAAGCCAUAGAGUGGCUGCUGCAGUUGAUCAGUGUAGUACCAACUGAUCCACAUGUACUUUCAAAGCUAGGGAAUUUAUAUGAUACUGAAGGUGAUAAAUCCCAGGCUUUUCAUUAUUACUGUGAGUCGUACCGGUAUUUCCCUUCCAACAUUGAGGUCAUUGAGUGGCUUGGAGCGUAUUACAUUGACACCCAGUUCUGUGAAAAAGCCAUUGAGUACUUUGAAAGGGCAGCACUUAUCCUGCCAACACAAGUGAAAUGGCAGCUGAUGGUUGCCAGUUGCUACAGAAGAAGUGGGAACUACCAGAAAGCUCUGGAGAAAUACAAAGUCAUUCACAGAAAAUUCCCAGAGAAUGUUGAAUGCCUCAGAUUUUUAGUUCGCCUCUGCACAGACAUGGGGCUGAAAGAAGUCCAGGAAUACAUAACAAAGCUCAAGAAAGCAGAAAAAUUAAAAGAAAUCAGAGAGCAGCGCAUUAAAUCUGGCAGAGAGGGCAGCGCGCGCAGCCGCAAAGAGGGAAGUGGUGAUAGUGGUGGUACCAAAGGGGAAAGACUGAGUGCCAAACUGAAAGUUCUGCCUGGAACAAAUGAACCCUAUGAAGGUAGCAGCAGUAAAGAAAUAGAUGCCUCCUACGCAGAUCCACUUGGCCCACAACCAGAAAGACCAAAAACAGCAGCAAGAAAAAGAACGGAGGAAGAUGAUUUUGCUGAUGAAGAACUAGGAGAGGAUCUGCUUCCAGAAUAGCAUAUGGGCCACUCAUCUUUUUUUUUAAUCCUUGUAAAAGUUUUAGCUGAACACUUUUCAUUCAUAAUGAUUUUGUAGUGUAUUUUUAUAAACUAUUCAUUAAAUACUUUGAACAUGUGGUACCUUAUGUAGAAAACUUGGAUUUGUAAUUGCAGUGUCUUCUGUGAUUGAUUAAAAAAAUAAUGGUGAGGUUAUUUUA